ACACACGCGGAGCCACAUUGGAAUUUAAGAGUUAACUGGUCUUCUUUAGAGUCAAUGCGGAUGAUAUUUGCAGGAAAUGGACCUCCGUAGUCAGCUUUAUUAUUGGCUGGGCUGACGUCGUUGGUGAUAUUUCAACAAACCCACAAAGGACAGUUACACAAUCCACAGUUAGAUGCCAAGUCUUAAAAAUGCCGAUGCUCAGUUAAGUCUGAAGAUUAUAAAGACAUUCCCUGCUUCUUGUCAGCAUCUUGAAGUAACUGUUUGAAAAGUAAAGAGAAUUUAACUGUGAAGAAUAUAAGAAUGGGUUUGACAAGCACAGUCACGGCGCUGUUUCCCGUUAGUCUUCCUGUACUGAUUGUCUUCUUGGCAGCGUUAGGGGCAGCCUCUUACUACAUCCUGGUGUCUGCCAAGAAGGUUUCCAAGCAUAACCCAACAAGAAGUAAAACCAAAAUGAGAAAUCGAGAUCCGUCUGACCCAGAGGUCCUUAUCGUUGGGUCAGGCAUCCUAGGCUCUGCCAUGGCAGCAGUCUUGGGUAAAGAUGGCCGGCGAGUGACGGUCAUCGAGCGAGACUUGAAAGAACCCGAUAGAAUCGUUGGAGAACUGCUGCAACCGGGUGGCUAUCAGUGCUUGAAAGCUCUGGGUUUGGAAGAUUGCACGGAAAACAUUGAUGCUCGAUCCGUGGAGGGAUACAUCAUCCACGACCUGGACACCCACUCCAAGGUGGAUUUGUCGUAUCCUAAAGACGAACAGGAUCACGUUCACUCGGGGAGGGCCUUCCAUCACGGAAGGUUUGUCAUGGGGCUCAGAAAAGCUGCAAUGCAACAAAAAAGUGUCACUUACAUCGAAGGGACUGUCACCAAGAUACUGGAACAAGAUAACUGUAUAAUUGGAGUCAUGUACAAGGAAAAAGGACUUGAUGAAGAAAAGGAAAUCUUAGCCCCUCUCACGGUCGUCGCCGACGGCUGCUUCUCGAAAUUCCGCAAAAACCUCGUCACCACCAACGUGAAAACCACCUCCCACUUCGUGGGCACCAUCAUGAAGAACUGUCCUCAGAUGAAGGACAACCACGCGGAGCUGGUCCUCGCCGAUCCCUCCCCUGUCCUCAUCUACAGGAUAGGAGAGGAGGACACCAGGGUGUUGGUGGAUGUCAGAGGAGCGAUGCCUAAGGAUAUGAAGGGGUACAUGACCGACAAGAUACAUCCGCAACUUCCAGAUCACCUUCAGGAGCCGUUCCUCGACUCCAUCCAGAACGACCGCAUACGGAGCAUGCCCAGUAGCUUCCUGCCCCCCGCGCCCAUUGAGAAACCAGGGGUGCUACUCCUAGGUGACGCAAUGAACAUGAGACACCCUCUAACAGGUGGAGGGAUGAGUGUUGCUCUCAAUGACGUCAGGAUAUGGAGGGAUUUACUGCAGGACAUACCAGACUUGGAUGACCAUGACCGAAUCAUCCAGUCCAUGCACUCCUUCCACUGGCAGCGGAAAAACUCCCACUCUUUUGUGGUCAACGUACUGGCUCAGGCCUUGUAUGAAUUAUUCGCUGCCACAGAUCGGCAUCUGAUGCAGCUGCGAAGGGCCUGUUUUCACUACUUCAAGCUCGGUGGUAAGGCUGUCUCGGGACCUGUGGGCCUUCUGUCUGUGUUGCAACCCAAACCCUUCGUCCUCAUCGGUCAUUUCUUCGCAGUGGCUCUUUACGCCAUCUACUUCGCCUUCAAAUCCCAAUCCUGGUUGACCAAACCAUUGGCCGCUGUCGAGAGCGUGUGGAUUUUCGCCAAAGCCUGCAUGGUGCUCUUCCCGUUGAUCCUAUCGGAAUUGUACUCCGUCAAGUGAAAAAGAACAUGGCAAAUUUCAAGAAGCUAAUUUGUAUCAUAUAUUACCGAAAAGCUGUAUCGUUGAUACAGAAUUCCACUUAUAUCUGUUGGGCCCCGAAUCAGGCACUUGUUUGAUUGAUUCUUUAGUGAAUAAAUGUAAUAUAAUAAACACUGCAAAAAAAAACUCAUUGGAGGUGUCUUAAUUCUGAAUCUGAUCGCCUUAAAUUAUGAAGAUGUCGUUUAUAUAGAUCUUCGGGGAAUGUUGUUAGCUACAUUUUGAUACCGUUUGCUACCAAAGACUGUAAAUCGUCCAAGAUUGGCAACGGUUUGUGAAAAAUGAUGCAGUUUAAAAAGUUGCAAAUUUAAGGAGUACGCGGGUGGAAAUUGAUGUGUGACAAUGUCACACUGCCCGAAACGAACGGCAGGGAAUACCGAUCGCACAGUGCUUGCAUGCAUGGGACCACGCAAAUUGAAUUUCCUGCGCUGCGUCUUUGGUAGCAACUGGGGUAUCAAAAUGUAGCUAACAAAGUUCCCCAAAGUCUAUGUAAAUGACGUCAUCAUAUGACGAUCAGAUUCAAAAUGGUUACCCCUCCAAUGAGUGUGUACGUUCUUUUUUUGCGGUAUUUACAAUGAAGUACGUGUGCUAAUGGAUUAAAUACAAUAUCUCAUUGACCAGUAUCUUUGUUAAAAGUGUGCUGUUAGAAAUAAUUUGAAAUAUUACAAAUAAUUUUUUGAAAAACAUCAGGUCAUUUCAUCAUAUUUGAUUUUCACUUGAAAUUUUAUUCCCCUUUGGUGCUGGAGAUUUACCAAAAGAGCAGCUACUAAAGAUUUUCAGGAAUUAGUGUACAAUUGUGAUUCAUAACAGCCUUUUUAUACUGAGGGUUUGAAAAGGUUUGAAUUUUUCAUCACAACAGGGAUAUAAUUUUUGUACAUCAUUACUGUAUCAUUAAAUUACAUGUAUUUUUCUUAUUGGACGACACUGAAGACAUUCCAAAUCAUUGCCGCUAUUGUAAUUAGAUGUAAAUCCACAUU